AUGUUUUUAAAUAUAAAAUUAAUAUUUAGUUUUGGUAUGAAGAAAUCUUCUCGUUUAAGCGUUUACUGUUCUAUAGGGAUUUCAACAAUUUAUGCAUUUUUUAUUCUUUGGCAAUGUUGGCAAAUAUGUAUUACAAUACCUAAAACCCAAGUUAUAUGUUCAAUUUCUGAUUGUUAUCAAAAGGAUGUUGGCCAAUUGUCUUUCCGUAAUUCUUUAAUUAUUAUUGGAUUUUCUACUUUAAAUUAUAUUUUAAUUUGGAUUUUAUUAAAAUAUCGUUCAGAUAAUACUUUGGCUAAUAAAAAAGGGGCAGAUUAUACUCAAAGGAUUUUUAAAUCUUUAAUGGUAAUUACAUCAAUGGUUGUUGCAGGGUGGAUGUUAAAUGCAGGCAGUCGUUUUAUCAUGCCUUUACUUUCACUUAAUCCUUUACAAACAUUUUAUUUUUCUUCGAUACUUGGAUGGAUAACAAAUUUUGUUAUGGCUUGUAAUGCUCCUGUAUUAUAUAAAUUUAGGUGA